UCUUGGCAGUAGAGAUCAGCAAUAAAGAGUUUCGAGCAACUUGUAACAUCUCACAGUUGCUCUUAGUAACUCAGGCAGUAAAUCAGCACAUCUGUCUACUUCCUCCGUUUUUGACAAUGAAAACCGCUUUACUCGUUGCGCUGGUUUGUGCGUGUGUAGCGGCUGUACUGGGCGUUAUCAAUCCGCAAGUCAUGCCUUUCCCUGAUGCAGAGGUCAAGAAGGACGAAGGCGGUUGGGCGGUGAGGACAGACACCACGAGGAACGGAGGCACUGUGGUGCGGGUUGACAGUAACAAGAAAUGGGACGUCACAGACGACGGUAGGGUACAAGCGGAGGUUCACAGCCACUGGGAGAGGACUUACGGAGGCCCCAACGAUGGUCAGAGAAACCGCGGCGUGGGCGGCAGCAUCGGUGGCUCCUGGGGCAAAUAAUUUAAUUUGUAUUUGCAGGAAAAUCGAUAUUCCAUUUUUUAUCUGUAAUAUGUCAAUAAUUGAUUAAAUAGUAUUUGAGUUAUAACAGAAUUGUUCUUACUAUUCAAAUAUUAAUAGAUAUUAUUAAAAUAUAGUAGCUACUUAUAGUUUACCUGAUAUUCAAGUAUAAGGAGUGAAAGUCUACGUAUUUAAUGUUUUGUUUUAAUAAACUGUUAAUUUGGUA